AUGAACUCCACAACUGCUGGGAAUUUUUCUCUUAUUGGGGAGAACACAGGUUUGGAACUGCAGAUUUCCAAGGGUAUUGCUAUCUUGAUAACUCUACUGACAUCUUGUCUGAUUUCACUCACGGUUCUCGGCAACACUUUUGUCAUAGUGGCUUUUAUCGUAGACAAGCGGCUCAGAAAUCAAAGUGACUUUGUGCUUCUGAAUUUGGCCAUUUGUGAUUUUACAAUAGGCGCAUUCACGUCCCCUAUGUACAUCCCAUAUUUCAUGACCGGGAAGUGGAGAUUUGGGAGAUUUCUUUGUAGACUGUGGCUAACUGUUGAUUAUACUGUUUGCACGGCAUCAUCGCUCACUGUUGCUCUUAUCAGUUACGACAGAUAUCUUUCUGUGACCAAACCUGUUUUGUAUCGAUCGCUGCAAAACAAACGUAGUCAUACUUUCGUGAGCAUCGGAUCUGUGUGGAUUUUCUCAUUUCUUCUAUAUGGCCCUGCCAUUCUUGCCUGGAAAAAUGACGAUAUUGACAACACUGCUUCUGUAACCACAUGUGUUCCUGGAUUUAAUGACAUUUGGUAUUUUAAAUUUGGAACAUCAUGUGCAGAUUUUGCUCUUCCCGUGAUUAGCAUUUCAUUCUUUAAUUUGAGCAUUUACUGCAAUAUAAAGAAACGAGGCAGAAAGAAAAGGCAGAAAUCGAUCUUAGAACUUUCCAAAGGACAGGAAAAUUAUGGAAAUGAUGGAAAUGUAAACAUUAUUGCAACGAAUAGUGUUCUGUUUUCGGGGGACCACGGAACGAAGAAAAAACUUGCACUGUGUCUCAGGCAUUGCUUUGCCUAUAGGAAGCCAUCCUCCUUUACCCACACUGAUGCAACACUGCAGCAUAGAAACAUUUCUCAGGUUAAUCUUUCCCGGGAUGAAAAAAUUGCCAAAUCACUUUCAAUCUUAGUGUGUGCCUUUGUCGUUUGCUGGGCUCCCUUUACAUUUCUUGCCAGUAUCCGUGCUGCUUGCAGUGGUUAUUGUGUUGAGUCCUACUGUGCUCUGCUUGCCUUUGUCUUUCUAGCUGUUGGUCCUCCAGCGAUAUACCUGCAAAGAUAA